UCAUGCUUUACAACAUCCGCCUACGUCUCCCGCAGAGUAGAGGGAGAAGGAAGUUCGGGUCGACAAACUAGUAAAUGCCAACUUUCUCGUCUCGCACUCGCUGUCAUGGCCCUAACAACGCGUUUUAGAUGACGCCGAUAUGUUUGUGUAGAUAAGCUGUACCGGGGAAAGGGAAAGAUGUGUGAGUUUUCGGCGCUGGCGACCGGUCUGCUGGUCGUGUUGUGGACUUCCGUGUGCGUAGAAAGUGUUUCGUCCCCGUCCGGUUUUCUGCGUAUACCCGGCGAUGGCAAAAAAGUUUUGAGAAUCCCGCUGAAGAGGAUAUCGAGAGAAAUCAGCGAGGACGUGUUGGAGGGAGAUGUCGGGGCCGAUCCGAGCGCACAGGAGGACAACUUACGGGGGAAACCAGGGCAAGGGUACUACGUAGAGAUGGCCCUGGGCACCCCUCCCCAACUGUUGAACAUCUUGGUCGACACAGGCAGCAGUAACUUUGCUGUAGGAGCAGCACCUCAUCCCUUCUUGAACAAGUACUUUGAUAGGAGUUCAUCAUCUACCUACAUGGAUUCGCAGAAGUCUGUCUACGUGCCGUACACACAAGGCAACUGGAAGGGUUCGCUUGGCACGGACGAGGUCAGCCUCCCCUCCGGACCAAAUGUGACAGUCCGUGCGAACAUCGCCAGCAUCACCAGUUCCAGUAACUUCUUCAUUAACGGCUCCAACUGGGAGGGCAUUCUGGGACUGGCCUACUCAGAAAUAGCACGGCCUGACUCUACUGUGGAGCCCUUCUUUGACUCCAUGGUGAAGGAGGGAAACAUUCCUGACAUCUUCUCCAUGCAGCUGUGUGGGACAAUAGACCAGGGCAACACCACAGACAUCAGUGUGGGGGGAACCAUGAUUGUAGGAGGAAUAGAUGCUGACCUGUAUGAGGGGCCCAUCAUGUACAGCAGCCUGAGGAGAGAGUGGUACUACGAGGUCAUCAUCACGAAGAUGGAGGUGGAUGAAGAAGACCUUGGAAUGGACUGCAAGGAGUACAACUUUGACAAGACUAUAGUUGACAGCGGCACCACCAACCUCAGAGUCCCCAAGAAAGUCUUCCGGAAAGUCAAGGAAAUGCUGGAUGCCAAGACAGAUAUCGACAUCCCCCCAGAGUUCUGGACGGGUGAGGACCUGAUGUGCUGGAAGAUCGGUUCCACACCGUGGGAACACUUCCCUCCCAUGGGCAUCUACCUGCAGGGCACCUCCAACAGUGAGGAGUUCAAGCUCCUCAUCUCCCCGCAGCAGUACAUGCGCGCCGUCAGCGACGGGCUAGGCCGCACCGAGGACUGCUACAAGUUUGCCAUCACCUCAUCAGACACAGGAACUGUGAUUGGAGCUGUAGUGAUGGAGGGAUUCUACGUUGUCUUCGACAGGGCAAACAAGACGGUGGGCUUUGCCAAGUCCACAUGUGGAGUCCGAGACACAACCCAGUCCUCAGGGGUGGCAGGACCAUUCCCACACAGUAACACGACUGACUGUGCGUACACGGUGCCUCAGGAAGACACCACAGUGCUAAUGAUGGUGGCAUACGUGAUGGCGGGGAUCUGCGGCAUGUGCAUGCUGCUGCUGGUCGUCAUGCUGGGGCAGUGGCAGGUGCGCAGGUGGAGACGAAGCUUGGACGACUGUGCAGACGACACCUCACUGCUCAAGAGCAACACGUCUUACUGAUCAGCUCUAUCAAAGUAACAGUUACUCAAGCAACUGGAUAGAUUUUGAAAAUGGUCAGACAUUCCUGGUAGCAUCCACUACCUUUGGUCUGUGACUAAAACGGCUGACCAUUUUCAAAAUCUAUCCCGUUGCUUAAGUAACUGUCAGUUUGGUAUCUUGUAAUGUGGAUAGAUCGACAGAUCAUCUGUAUCAUUUCUUAAGUCUUUAGAAUUUCUGUUGUUGCAGAUGUCUUGACUCAGUGUUUCUUUUUGUCAGUAUUCUACUUACUGUUCUGUGGUGAAGAACUGUCUUUGUAUAUAGUUGGUAACUAAUUGUGCCGGCAGAGCCUACAAAUUCUCAUGGUAGAUUUUGUGCCACGCUUGUAAAUUAAUUCUUAGGAUGUUACUAAAAGAGUCAGCAAAUCUACAAUAGAAUACCAACACAUCAUCAAAUAAAUGAUACACACUAUUUUACAAUAUUUACUUCUUCUAUGUUUAUAUCAGUUUGUAGGUUUUCUCUUCACUGUGCACAUGUGCUAUUUUCUCACAGAUGUUAGAGAAAAUAAUUUUAGACAAAAGUUAACAUGUUCAAACAUGUUGAAGUAAGCAAUAGCCUAAUGUGAGUCAUGUGAUUUUAAUGUCAUUGCCAAAAGAAUCAUCACAAGCCAUUGCUAUUUAUUGUCAAAGUUUGAAGCGUGAAUUAUCUGUAAAAAAGUGACGCAGUUACCAGUUUUUAGAGUAACAAAAGUUUCCACUCUUAUUUAUCUCUACAAGGAAAAUACUAAAUCAGCACUGAAUACUAAGUACUAGUAAUUUUUUUAUCAGGGACGUAUGUUAGUAUUUGUCACAGUUAGAGCCACAAAAAAUAUGCACGUUUUAUUUUGAAGCAGAUUUUUCUUGUUUAGAUAUUUGUUUGUUUGUUUGUUAACUUUCUAUGGUGUAUAUAUUAUUUUCAAAGUGCAAUUCGCACAACACUUAUAAAGUCAUGAUCAUUCCAUAAAAACUAAAUAUGUGUGUUAAAUGUAAAAAAAGACAGUGUAUAGAGCAGUAUAUUUUUAGACACUAGAUAUUUAGUGAUACAUGAAUGAUAGACUAUGCAAGGACAAUUUGUAAUGAUAAGAUAAGAAGAUAAGAGAUGUUAAAGAUAAAGUGUUGAAGAGAGGCUUGUACUUGAUCUAUCCUGGAGGUGUCAUGACAAAAUUGUGCAAAGUUGGUGUUUCAACAGUAUCUGGUAGGAAGGAAGUUAACUUUUCAGCUUAGUAUAUAGUCAUGCUACAGAAGUAUGGCAUCAUUACAUCAUAGUAUUAUCAAGCUACCUUAAUUUGUAUUGAUUGUACUGGUUUCGGCCAAGGAGGUUGAAGAGAAAAUAUUCCUUAUAUUUAAAAAAUGUACUUUUUAAAGCUUUUGUGUCCAUAAUGUCUGAAGAGAUGAGAAA